AGGGGAAAAGCCUUCUGUCAACUAUGAAGUAGUUGGCUCUAAAAUUACCAAACAGGCAUGUAAUUAUGUGAUAUUUAAGUAAUUUGAAUUCUGUUUGUGUUGAAUGUAAAUUCAUAAAUUAGUUGAAAAGUCAUAUUAUAUAGAAAAAUUCAUUUGGCCGACUCAUUUAGGAAAAAGUUUUAUUCUUUAGAGUAGAUAAUCAUUUUUCUUUUAUUACUAUUUUUUUUUUGUAGGUAAACAUUCAUGUUGCAUUUUAUUUUGUAAAACAUUUUAAUUUUCACUCCAAACAAAUAUAAUAAUUAAGGAUUCUUUUAAUUUUUAAAAAAUAAACCACGUUUUUUUUUCUUUUUGAGUUAGGAGCAAUUUUUUUAAUUAUAUCUGCUAAGAAAAUAUUUUGAGAGCUGCAUUUAAUUAUAGAUAAAUAAAAAAAAGAGCCAAAUCUAUUCCAUCAAAGAGAGACAGUUACUGAUCCCUUGUGUAGGUAAUUGCUUUUUUAAAAUGGCUUAGUAUAUCUAUUUCAACACUAGGUUUAGAGUAGUUCUUUCGAAUUUCAGGUUCAAUUGCAUGGCAUGAGUGAGGUACUCAAUGUCACUGUGCUAUCCACAAGUAUAAUAGAACCUGGCAACCCAAAUGGGACAGAGAUCAAAUUAAAAAAGGUAGCCAAACUGGUGAUGGUCACACCUCCAAAAGGUGAUGUCAUGGAAGGAAAACCACUUAGUGUUCAACCCAUAUUCAAAGUGACUGAUGACAAUGUAAAUAACCAUUAGAUUCCCUGUGUUUUUGUUGCUAUUUUAAGUCCUGUGUUAUUUCCAAUUUUCUUGCUUAUAAUAGCAUCUUUAUCAAGGAAUGGACAUUAGUUUUUAGCACUUCAUUACCAGUGCCAAUUGUAGACAUAUUAGGCAUAAUGGUUCUCCUCACUUUCUAAGGACAUGUCACUAAGCAUUGUCAUUUAUUAGUCUUAAUUUUUAUGUAACCCUCUGAUCUAUAAAUGUAAGAAACAUUAGUUAAAAACAAUAAAUAUUACUGCCAAUCAGCAUUCAAUUAAACAAUGAUGAUGCUAAAGUUACAUAGCCACUUUUAAUAAUGCUGCAGAGUUGGAUUGAGUAGUUUCUUCGGGAGUAUUAGAACGAAGAAAGAAAGUUGAAUCAUCUCAAUCUGUGUGUUUCUUUAAAUGACCAUGGAUGUGUACAUGCUUGGGGUUACCCACAGCAGUCACACUUUGACAAUGAGAGAGGAUUCUCUGUGGCAUACUGCCGCAUAUAAAAUUUUACCUUAAUCCAGUUGCAAAUAGUGGCACAUUGCCGCAGUUAGUUGUAUUAUAUUAUUGCCACCAAUAAGACUACUUUGGUGUCCAAUUCAUUAGCAGGUCCACAUAACAGUGUAUCACUCCCAAUGGAGCAUAGGCCAUCCACAAUACUUUUCCAUCCGUCCCUGUCCUGGGCUAUCUUUGCAAGUUCAGCCCAGCUUUCCUUCUUUUCACCUCUGUCUCUACUCCCCUCUUCCGUGUGGCUCUUGGUCUUCCUAUUUUCCUGGUACCUUGAGGAUUCCAGUUCAGGGCCUGUCUUGUGAUGUUAGUGUUUGGUUUACUUAAUGUGUGCCCUAUCCAUCUCCAUUUUCUCAUCUUUAUCUCUGGUUCCACCGGAACACUUGUUGCUCUCUCCGAAAGGACGGUGUUACAAAUUUUGUCAAACCAUCUGAUUUUAAAGAUCCUUCGCAAGCAUCUGUUUAUAAAAACCUGAAGUUUUUUAACGUUUGUUUUUGUUCUCCAAGUUUCACAGCCAUAUAGAAGAAGUGCCUUUGACAUUUGAGUUGAAUAUUUUUAACUAUGAUUUUGUCAGUUUUUACUUGAGUUCCAGGUGUUUUGCAGGGCAUUGAAUGGUCCUCUGGCCUUUUGUACCCUAGACUUAAAGUCUUUGUAUGUGCCACCAUUUUUAUUUUAUGAUGCUUCCCAAGUAUUUAAAAGUCUCACUUUCUUCAAAAGAGGCACCUCUCAGGUGAAUCCCAAUAACUCCAUCAUCCACUGUAUUUAUUCUUAAGGUCUUGGUUUUCCUUUUAUGUAUGCUAAGUCCAACUUGCUGGGAUACAGAUUCAAGCUGUGUUGUUUUCUCCUGCAUUUGUUUAUGGCUAUGUGAUAAAAGUGCAAUGUUGUCUGCAAAAUCCAAAUCCUCUGAAAGGUGUCAACUGGAUUCCAUUUUUCCCAUCCUGUGUUGUUUCUCUCAUGAUCCAGUCAAUGGAUAACAGAAAGAGGAGUGGUGAGAGCAGGCAUCCCUGUCGAACUCCAAUUUCUAUCAUAAAUGGGUUUGUUAGUUCACCUUAAUGUAUAACCCUACAACUCAUAACCUUGUAUGUGUUCUUAAAUAAGUUAGUUAGCUUUUGGGAAAUACCAUAAUGUCUUAGUAGUCUCCAGAGUGUUUUUCUGUCUAAGCUGUCAAAUGCUUUUUUUGAAGUCGACAAAAUUUAAGUACAAUGAUGCAUUCCACUCCAAGCACUGUUCCAUGAUUAUGCGCAGGGCUGCAAUUUGGUCAGUACAUGAUCUGUUUUUUCUAAAAACCAGCCUGUUCAUCUUUUAGUUUGGAGUCCCUCGCUUUUUAAUCCUCUGCAGAAUAAUUAUAUUUCGUAUUUUUCCCGGUACAGAAAGCACCAUGAUUCCUUUAUAGUUUCCACACUUUUGGAGAUAUCCUUUCUUUGGAAGUUUGACCAAGUAUCCUUCCCUCCACUCCAUGGGUAUCUAUUCUUUGUCCCAGAUAGUCACAAUUAGCUAGUGAAGUAUUCUUGAUGACAGUUCCAGGUCUGUCUUUUGCACUUCUGCAGGUGUUCCAUCAGUCUAAAUUCUUAUUUCUUUUCUGGAUCUUUAAGGAAAUCUGUGUUAUAGUGCUAUCUUUUCUUUUGGAUGGUGUUCUAUCUUUUUAGCUUAAGCAUUACUUUCGCUAUCACCAAGUUAUGGUAAGAUGAAACGUCUGCUCCACUAUAGGCUCUAACAUUUUGCAGUUAGGGUCUGAACUUGUUAUUGAUACAUAUGUGAUCAAUCUGAUUUUGGGUCUCUUGGUCUGGUGAUAUCCAGGUCACCUUAUGAAUCUUCUUGUGUGGAAAUAUGUACAAUUUUACAAAAGAUAUCAACUGUAAAUUGUAAACAAAACAUAAGUUACAAAAUGUAUUGUUUUUAUAUCGCUGCAUUUAUUUAAAUUUAAAGAUAUAAUUAUUGUGAAUUGUAUGCAUCCUAAACAUUUUAUUUUUUAAAAUUCAUCCAUCUCCAGGGUGAUAUUGUAGAACAUCUUGGCUUUUUAAAGGAAAAAUGGAUCAUCUCAGCAACUUUUGAUUCUGGGAAUGAUAAAUGGUCCAAGUUAAUCAAUGCUUCUGUUCCUUUUGAAGAUGGAUGGGCCAAUUUUUCCAGCCUAGCAAUUGUGUUCCAUGGAAAAUAUGUUUUAAAUUUUAAAAUCACUGUCCUUCAAGAAGCUUCAAAACUAUUUGUCAAAUCCCAAGAAAUUCAGGUACUUAAAAAAACUUUUCUUAUGCUAAACACAAGACUUGUUUCAUUGUCUCAAUAUCUUUGAGUUCUAAUUUCUGUAGAAUCGGCUUAUCUUAAAAGGCUGAAAUUUGGGUAGGCAGCUUAGUCUUAAAGCACAUUUUAAUCCUAGGAAAAUUGGUGAAUCCUAGAUUUACUCAUCUGAAAUAUAUGCAGUUCAAAUGUUUUAAUUUGAAUAAAUUUUAUUAAUAAUAUAUCCAUGAUAAAAAGGGUAAAAAAACUUACAGUGAGAGAAUUAAAUUUAAAUUGUUAAAUUCAACCUAAUAUAAUGGAUAAACAUUCUUCAAUAUUGUUUUCAAAAUGUGUUUCUCAACACUCAGAAGACAAAAUAUAAACAGUUUAGCUUGGAAAAUAAUUUUCAUUUUGGAAUUUAUUUUUUUUUAAAUUUUUUUAUUUUUUUUUUUCUUAAAUAAUUUUCUUACAGAAAAAUGACUGUUAUUUUAAUUCACGAAAUUAUCUUUAACAAAAUUAAACUUUAAGUAUUGUUACCAUUUAGGCUACAGUGUAAUUUUUCUUCAAUGAAAUAAUUUUUUUGAACAGUUUGAUGAGGAAGCUUGAAUUUUAUAUUUUUGUAUAAAUACAUAAAUAUGCUCAAUUUAGAAUGUACUUUUAAAUUUCAAUAGAUUUUAGGGUUAAACAUUGAAGGCCACAUUGAAAUUAAAACUAAGAAACUUAUUACAAAGGCACCAAUUGAAAUAGAAGUUUCCUUGGUUGAUAAAAUUUCUAAACAACACAUAAGUGACCUAAACCCAGAGGUAAGAUUUCCAAAUGUUCACAAAUUAACUUCAUGCAAUAGUUAUAAUUUUUUUUUAAAUGAGCACAGUAAAUUUAUUUAAAACCAGAAAUAAAAUAUUUGAUUCUGUGUUCCAUAGUGACACUUAAAGACUUUGUAUAUGUCUUCGUAUGAAAAUAAUGUUUCGCAUAAAAGUACUUUUUAGUAAGCUAAACGUACAUUAUUAUUGCAUUAUGAAUUUUUUCACAUCUUUUGUGUGACAAGGAAGUUGUUUUAUGAGCUCAAAUUAUGCAACAUUCAGUGGGCUGAAUUAACAAGAUUUAAAAAUCAACUCUGCAUUAAAUAAGAUUAUUCCAUUGUGAUUAUAUGUAUUUCAGUUUCUGAAGUGGACAUCAACAUUUUCUAUAACUUCAAAUGAAGUUUAUAAAGGUGCAUUAAAAGGAACACUGGCUGCAAAAUUCAAUCAAAAUACAGGUUUGAGCAUUUAG